CUCUACCACGUGGCCUACGUGCUGAUCAAGUUCGCCAACUCCCCCCGGCCGGACCUCUGGGUUCUGGAGCGGUCCGUGGACUUCGGUCAGACCUACAAGCCCUGGCAGUACUUUGCCUCCUCUAAGAGAGACUGUAUCGAACGUUUCGGACAGAGAACCAUCGAGAGAAUCAGCAAUGAUGACGACAUCGUCUGCACCACCGAGUACUCGCGGAUCGUCCCGCUGGAAAACGGAGAGGUCGUGGUGUCCUUGGUGAACGGCCGUCCCGGCGCCAUGAACUUCUCCUACUCCCCGGUGCUGAGGGAGUUCACCAAGGCCACCAACAUCCGGCUGCGCUUCCUGAGAACCAACACGCUGCUGGGUCACCUGAUGGGCAAAGCUCUCCGUGACCCCACCGUGACCCGCAGGUAUUACUACAGCAUCAAGGACAUCAGCAUCGGAGGACGCUGUGUGUGUAACGGACACGCAGAGUCCUGCAACGCUCAGGACCCCAGUGACCCCUACAGGUUACUGUGCGACUGUCAACACAACACCUGUGGUGUGUCUUGUGGCCAGUGUUGCCCCGGGUACAGCCAGCUACCGUGGAAACCAGCCACGACCUACAGCGCCAACGAGUGUGAACCCUGUAACUGUCACCGUCACUCGUUCGACUGUGUCUACGACCCGGAGGUCGACCAGAGGAGAGGCAGCGUGGACGUGCAUGGACACCACCGAGGGGGCGGAGUCUGCCUCAACUGUCAGCAUCACACCACCGGCGUGAACUGUGAGCGCUGCACCCCCACCUACUACAGGUCAGCUGACCACACCAUGGACUCCCCCCUGGCCUGCUCACCCUGUGACUGUCGCUCGGAGUUCACAGACGGAACCUGUGAGGAUCUGACCGGUCGCUGCUUCUGCAAACCGAACUUCCGAGGAGAGAACUGUGACUCCUGCGCCGCCGGCUUCCUGAACUUCCCCGACUGCUACCCCGCGCCCACGUAUCCCAACAACAACAACAACAACGGUGAAGCCAAACCAGCCGGAGAGAUCAUCAACUGUGAGUGCAGCGCCGCCGGCACCGUGGACAACUCCUGCCGGCCCGACCCCCGGACUCGAACCUGCGUCUGCAAACCCGGGUUCACCGGUGACCACUGUGACACGUGCGCUCCGGGGUUCCAUGGACUCAACUGUCAGGCCUGUCAGUGUUCAGGUCACGGCUGUCUGGAGGGGUCAUGUGACUUGGUGACGGGUCACGGUGUGUGUCGGAGUGGUUUCGAGGGGAACCAGUGCGACCAGUGUGCACCAGGAUACUUCCACUACCCGCUCUGCCAACUGUGUGGCUGCAGCCCGGUCGGCUCUCUCCCUGACGGCUGUGAUGCGUCCGGUCACUGUUUGUGUAAACCAGAGUUUCAGGGACCUCGAUGUGAACAGUGCAGAUCUGGAUUCCACUCCUACCCCAACUGUCAAGAAUGCACCUGUGACCCCCGCACCUCCCUGGACGCCGGCUGCACCUCCUCCGGUCACUGUCACUGUCGACCCGAGUUCAGCGGCGCCGCCUGCCAGCAGUGUGCUCCUGGAUUCUACGGUUUCCCAACAUGCACCUCCUGUCAGUGCUCUGCAGAGGGCUCUCGUUACACCAGCUGUGACCAGGUGACGGGUCAGUGUGUGUGUCUGUCCAACGUGCACGGACUGAGGUGUGACAGCUGUGCACACGGAGCCUACGGCUUCCCCAACUGCCAGGCUGGGACGUGUCAUCCUGCCGGCUCCGUGCAGAACGUGGUGCAGCCUCCGGUCGGUCAGUGUGAGUGUCGUCACAAUGUGGAGGGUCCAGCCUGCGACCAGUGCAAACCUCUGUACUGGAGCCUGUCCUACAACUCUGCUGACGGAUGCACCAACUGUGAGUGUCACACUGCAGGGACCCUGAGUGGAGUGGCAGAGUGUGCACAGGAAACCGGUCAGUGUCACUGUAAACCCAACGCCUGCAGUGGGACCUGCUCCACCUGCAAGGACGGCUUCUACAACCUGCAGGAGAAGAGCUACUUCGGCUGCCAGGGAUGCCAGUGCGACAUCGGGGGGGCAGCAGGUCAGUCGUGUGGAGAGAGGAACGGGCGCUGUCGCUGCCGACCCAACGUGGAGGGAGCCAAGUGCAACCUACCUCGUCCUGAUCACUACUUCCCCGACCUGCACCACCUGAGGUUCGAGAUCGAGGAGGGCACCACGCUGGACGGCCGGCCGGUGCGAUUCGGCUACAACCCUCUGGAGUUCAAGGGCUUCAGCUGGAGAGGCUACGCUCAGAUGACACCGAUCCAGUCCAAGGUGUUGGUGCAGGUGGUGGUGGGCUCUCCAGACCUCUUCCACGUGGUGCUGCGGUACGCCAGCCGGGGGGGGGCUGGUGUCCGGGGCCGGGUGUCGGUGAUAGAGGACGGAUGGAACUACCGCUGUGGUAACUGUUCAGAACAGUCCAAGCAGAUCGUCUUCGCUCCGAGUGCAGAACCCUCGUUCCUCAACGUCCCACAGAACAACUUCGUGGAACCGUUCGUCCUGAACCCGGGAACCUGGACUGUGGUGAUAGAGGCCGAGGGCAUCCUGCUGGAUUAUUUGGUCCUGCUGCCCAGUGCCUACUAUGAAGCUCCCAUCCUGCAGAUCAAGGUCACAGAGCCCUGCAGCUACAGCUCCGCCCACGGCGCCGCCCACAACUGUCUCCAGUACAGGUAUCUCUCCCUGGACUCCUUCCCGUCCAUCUCCGGUACCGAGGCCAGCUGCCGUAAUGAUAACCACCUGCCCCGCCCCUGCCCGACUGAGCGGGUGACCCCUCGCCACCCGGACAUGGCGGUGUGCAGUGGCUAUGAU